AUGUUCUUCACUCCUUUCAUGCUAAAUGUCAUAGUGCAACAUCUCAUGAGCCAAGCUGCUGAAUCUGCUGGCAUUGUUGGGAAUGGAGUCCAUGAUGAAGAAUUGGUCGCUCAAGCUCUGAAGGCUUUCAGCAAGGCACCUUCUGAGGAUAUGCUCUUGCAAUUAUCAGGUGGUCUAAAUUCUCUUCUCGGAGAGAUGAGCAGCACAACAUUCUCAUCUCCCAUUUGUGACUUGGUACUGGUUAUAUUUGGGCUCAACAAGAACAACUGGCUGAAACUGAGAGAGACAUUCAAUGUCUAUGUUGAUGAGCCUCAUCUGAUGUCAUACAUCAACUUAUUCAGGACAUAUUGGUUCCUCUGCGGGGACCAGAUGGCAUGGGGAAAGGCUAGCAUCAAGCCAUUCUCCACAGUGCUGCAGCCAAAAGAUGAGAAGAAUUAA